GAUUCCGGCGUGCGAGAGCGAGAAAUGCUCGCGCAGUUGGUUCACUCGCGCGGCCUUUACAAGUACGUCAUGCGAUUGUGAUGCGACUGGCAGCACAGCGGGUCGCGGAGUGCGGCGGUGGGUUGCGCACGAGAGAGUUGGUGGAAUAACUGAAAUGGAACAGUAAACAUGGCGCCGCGCUAGUCAGCAUAUCGCAUAUCGUGAGUGUCGUAGUAGUGUCGCGCGGUACGCAUCCUGGCGGUAGGUUUUUCGUUGUUUUCUUUCGAAUUUCGGUUGCGAUCGCUCGCGUCCCUUGCGUGUGCCCACAACUGCGCACGCGAGUGUCUCGAUGAAUCAUUGUGUUUUCGCCGCGGAGCGCAGCCGAGCAGGGCUCUGGGUGGAGGCGGCGGCAGCGGCGGUGGCUGCGGGCGCAACGCAAACAAGUGCCAAAACAAGCGCGUCGCAUGCGGCGGCAGCCGCGAGCGCGCUCCGAGCGUGAUUAUCACCAUCACAACUGCUGCUCGGGCAUUUAAGCGGACCUAUUAUCACAACGCGCACAUCAAUGGGAUUUAUUAAAUUAGUAAGGAUGCGCCGUGAUUGGUGACGGUGCGUCGUAGUGCGUGUGCUUGUGCCAAAGUCGACGAUGCGCUAGCGGGGGCAGCUGGACGUCGCAGUGCCCCGUCGUACACAGGGAAGCGAGGGAAAUUCGCAGCAGAUAGUUUUGCCCUUGCGCCAUGGAGAGGGGCGGUGACGGAAACAAAUACUUGCACAAGAAGUUCAAGAAGCAGACGAUCUUCGAGGCGCCCGAAGAUGACCCGUGCUAUCCGCCGCUUCCGGGGAUGCUCACCGGUGCCCGCGAGCGCUUUCCGUCUCCGGAGCACCUCCUCCGGUAUAGUACAAAAUGCGACAGAAGUUCGCUGAAGUCUUCCAUUACAUAUCCGACUAACUACGUGGUCAGGCGCGACCGACUGUUUCACAGCAGUUACGCGGACGAGCACGACGACGACGACAUAUCAGAUAAGCCCGAGUACGUGACGGUGUCAUACCAACAGGAGGGCAAAACCGACGAAACUUUACUGGGCACUAUCGUUAAAGGGGAGCCGGUGGCGGCGCGUGUCUACGACGCUCAUAAUGCGUCUACAUCGACGGCGGCCAACGGCGGCAAGUACGUUUGCCCGUUUUGUAGUCUGGCGUGCAGCAAGCCCAGCGUGCUGCAGAAACAUAUCAGAGCGCACACCAACGAGCGGCCGUACCCGUGCCAGAGCUGCAACUUUAGUUUCAAGACGCGCAGUAACCUCUACAAGCACUGCAGGUCGCGCACUCACGUCAACCGCGUGAUGGGGAAUAAAGGCAGUGGCGGGGGUGGGGGUGCCGGUUCGGAAAGCGAGUCGAACGCGACCACUCCACCGCCAUGCCAGCCACCCGUUGAGCGCCCGACGGUGAUUACCGAUACACCACCCAACGCCGAGGAAGCCCCUAAGGCGAAGCCCUAUAAACCGCGCUUCCAUACCAAGUCAUACUACGAAAACGAGAAUGAAGAGAAUAGCAUGGCGAUCAUCAAUGAGAAGAUUACCACAGAGCCAACGCCGAACCUGUGUUAUACUUUUAAUAAGAUACUCGAUUCCUGCGAACAGCGUAUGCCAUCCGCCGAGCAGCAGAUCCAUUCGCACAGUCCACUUGAUUCGUCGCCAGACUCGUGCAAGAGCAACGGCGACGACCAACCCUUGAACUUGACCAGUAAGAAUCGCAAGCGGUGUCUCAGCGAGGUCUCCUUUGAACCUGCGAAGAAGAGCCUUAUCAAAGAGCUACUCUUGAAAAAUCUCUCUGCUGAUACGAACUUACAAUGCCAACACUGCAAGAUGAUAUUCCGGACGUUCACGGAACUGGAGCUGCAUAAAAUGAAGAUGUGUAAAGGACGCGGGGGACCGCGUUAUAGUCGCAGUAGCAGUGUCAAUGUUGCAACAAUUCUCACCCAAAACAAGGAUUCAUUCAACUUUUCACACAAAUCACCCGGACCAUGCCUGGGCAAGACGCGGCUUGUCGAAUCUGACAAAAACAAAUCGUUCUCUUGCGACGACGGGUUUCAAGGUAGUAUAAAGGACAUUGGCAAAGAAAGCUAUCACUCUUCCGUUCACUUUUUCUCCGACAAACUGCGUAAACCACCUGUAAAAUUGUUCGGCGGCGAGGUGAAGGUCACCCAGACACCGGCCGUGGGUGAUCACGAAGAUGUUCCCACAUAUCCGCAAGGUGAGCGGCCGGAGAAGCCAGACUAUCAAAUGGUGUCCUCGCCGAAAGUGAGCGAAAAUCGUGUAAUCAGGAACACCUUACAGUCGGGUGGUAUUGUAUUACAUACGAUGCCAACCAAGCAGAGUACUCCGAUGUCAGGCGACAAAGUUGAGGGUAUAAGCGCGAACGGUUCCAAUGGUGAUUACUCCAAUAUCAUGGACUUCAGUCAGAAUGCAGCCAAGUUACUGGCGCCCAGUCUCAAACAACUGAAUUUAACAAUACCGGGGGUAAAUGCGAAUCGUUCCUACUCCGAGUCUCCGACGCAGUCUUUACUUGCAGUUAAUCAAACUAAGGGUAAUGUUCCCAAGGUGAUCUCUGUUGGAGACACUACAGAUCCGAUGAGUUUACUGGUCAAUGGGAAAGUGGUGCGAUACGUGCCCGGAAUGCCAGGCCCCAUUAUUGCUGAAGCGAUCAAGUCUAAACCGGUCAUUCGGAUCACACCAUCCAAUGAUGAUGGGGAGAGAGUGGCGUAUGUAAAAAGCGAAGCACCAAGCUCACCCGGUGUCAAAAUGGAAAUAUUGGAACCACCACCUGUUACAACUGAAGCACCGAGAAAAUUUGCCCGUCCGAACAGCCUAGCGUUGAAACCAUCUUCCGUUUCUUUAAAACACCAUCACGGCUUGACGCCGACAAUGUUUAAUCAGAUCCUCAUAAGUCCCGAUACGCCGCGCGGAGAUAAGAAGUAUAACGAGCAGCUGAUGAACGGCAAUUACUAUAGUAAUUUGGGGCUGAAGAGCUCAACGAAGCCGGUGUAUUGUACGCUUAACAAGACGCAGCCCUUCUAUGUGCCGCAUUUUAGGAAAUUGAGCAUGUACUCGGAGUGGCGGCAGCAGGACAAUAAGGGUGACAAGUGGUACUUGCUCGAGUAUGACAGCAGGCAGCGGAAUGCAAGUUAUUCUAUAGCAGGGAAGUACCGCGCGGACAAAGUCGUUGAUUCCAGAUACAAGUUUAUUCCCGGCGAUGUGACUAAUAAGAAGGAGGAAACUAUCAAAGCGGCAGCGAAGUCGCUUUUGGCCGGAUAUGAAUCUCACGAGGAUUACAACUAUGUUCGAGGACGAGAUGAGGCCUCCACAAGAAACCAAGAACACGAGGCCGCCUACGGUUUGCUAUCGUUAUCACAGAAAGUUAAUUCGACCGCAAAAGAACUACCCAGUCCGUCGAUGAUUGAGACAAUCAAUCGUAGUUUCGUCAAUGCCGAACAGUUAGUGCACGUCUUCAAAAUGAACUAUGUUAAGAACAAAAUUCUCGAUCAGAACAUCUCACUGAGCGCUAUCAAGCGGGCGGCGGACGCAGGGCCCAAAGAGAUGGAUGUUUUGCCCUUGCAUGCACGUGAAACGAGACCGCUUACCUAUCCAUACACCACGCCGAUCACUGCCAGCGAGGAACCAGCCCGCUCAACAUCCAGCGAGUCUGUGUCGAGCGACCCAUCGACGGAACGAAAUAUUAUCCAUUUCAAUGUUAUCAAACGUUACAACCCGCCACCGAAGCAGCCUCCGCCCGUACCGGUUAUUACAAAAUCUGCCGAACAUGUUUACCUAGCACCCAAACAGAUAUCUCCCGUGCUGGACCAGCGUAGACAUGUUGUGCAUAUGUCGCUGCCGCCCCCACCUCCACCAUCGGAAACUUCGCCCUUCAGCGCAAGUGAUGAUUCAGAAGCAAUGGAUUUGUCUUUUUCCCAAGUUGCUGCCAACGAACGUGUACCUGAUGAUCUUCGAAUCAAUGGAGCAAAGCAACUGGAUCGCGUCUCCACAUCGACUGGGCCCCUUGUAGGAAAAGUGCAACUUCGUGAAUACGACAACAGUGCCAUGGAAACGCUUGCCGAUAUUGCCACCAAACAAGAGAAGCUCGAAAAGAAUUCGGUUGCAAAGAAUGUCGCAACUGAGUUCCUCAAACUCGCUACAAAGAACGAGCAUAUUAAGACUGAGGAAAAAUCGACGAGCGUGGUGGUCAAGAGUGACCUGAUUGUUAAGUCGGAGGAGAAUAAAAACUGUAUGAUCUGCAACAAGACGUUUAACAAACCGUCGCAAUUGCGUCUACAUAUGAAUAUACAUUAUCUAGAGCGCCCAUACAGGUGUGACUCGUGUUCCGUCAGUUUUCGCACGAAGGGGCACCUGCAGAAGCAUGAGCGCAGUGCUGGCCAUCAUAACAAGCUUUCCUCAUCGCCAGCGCAAUCAUCACAGGAGCCUCGGCCGUUUAAAUGUAUCGAUUGUAGCAUUGCGUUCCGUAUCCACGGGCAUCUAGCAAAACAUCUGCGCUCAAAGAUGCACAUCCUCAAGCUUGAGUGCUUGUCGAAGGUACCUUUCGGGCUGUAUGCAGAACUGGAGCGUUCCAACAGUCUGCUCACAGAAAUCAAUACCGCAGAUGGCGAUCAAUGUCUUGAUAGUUUGAAGGCUUUGGCCAGGCGAAUCUUCAUCAACGAACCUGGCAAAUUAACUCAAUUGAACGAUGAUCAUCAAUGCUCUGAAGCAACAGCUAGUUAGUAUAUACAUUGAAUUGCGUGCUAAAUUGUUUAAUAAUUCUCAAUAUCUGGCGAUCGCAUCGAUCCGCCCAAGACUGAAUCGCGCGUAAUACACACACACACAUACAAAAUGGGACGCAAGUACACAUUAGUUUUAACAAUGAUGCCACCAGCGACGGCCACUCGUACGCUGAAAAUAUCCCAAUAAUGAAGUCACUAAAAAUACUAUUAGAAAAUGACUCUUCUCUUGGAGUUGUUUUUACCUUUUAAGCGUAAGCUACAUAAGAAACGAACAUAUAUAUAUUAUUCAAGAAGAAAAAAACUUAAAUGUGAUAUAGUUGGUAUAAUUAAUGCGAAGUAUAUGAUAGAAUAAUAUUUUAGUGAAAAUGUUUAAACUGGAAACAUAUUAUAUAAGAUAGGAUAACUAAGCUGAUUGAAAGGUCCAUGUUUACCGUGUUUUCUAAUUGAUGUUAAUUAUGGGACGUUGUUUAAUUAAGAAAAUUGUUUCAUCAUCGCAAAUAGUGCAAUUGCUAACAUCAAUCUGCUUUUGAGUGGCCUUUUAAUAGAAUGUUUGUUGAGUUGAGCGCGGAAAUAAUUUUUGGUAGUUAAGGUAAAAAAAAUAUUAUGAAAGGUUUAGUUUGUUGUAUGUAUACAUUUGUACAGUGCUAGUUUAAGUGAGACUAUUUUUCUCCCCCUCAAUUACUAUUACUAUUAUUGAUUAAUGAAAGAAAUGGUCAUGAAAAUGAAACCAAGAGUACAACAUUAUAAUUGUUACAUGUACAAUAUUGCAUAUUUUGUUUUCGUUUUAUUAUUAUAAAGUCUGUUUUAUUUAAAACUAA